GCAGGAAAGGCCCAGUCGCAACGGCAGGGACCCGCGCAUCCUCACAGUUCCACGGCGAAGAGCAGACAGGGAAGGAUAUGUCCUCCCCCCGCCCCAGUCCCUCCACCUCGGCUGGGGCACCGGACCUUGCUCGAGAGCCUCGGCUCAGGUCUGGGUGAGGGGGGCUCCCAGCGCGACCGCCCGUGCCGACAUCACAGGCGGAGGGAGGGGAGAGACCCCCGACCCCGCCCGGGCACGUCGAGCGCAGCCAGCAGGCGCCCGCCUUUCCUCCGUGCGCGCGCUCGGCUCUCCGCUUUCACCUAGCGCCUGCCUCGCUCCCAGCCGAGAGCGGCCAUGCCCGAGCCCCUGGCACGCCCAGCCCUCGUCAGCUGCGAGGGGACGCGGGCUUGAGCCGAACCACAGCCGGGAGGCAGGAGACGCCAGCCUUUCCCUCUGCGGACGCCGUCUGCCCUGGAAGCCCCCCCGAGGGGAAGUUUGUCCGCCGCAUUGUGGUCUCCAAUUGGAGAUGGGUGUUUUCUGGAGACCAUAGCUUCCUCCCUGGCCUCCUCCUGGGCACGUGACUCUCCUUUCCUGGAUGGUGAACUCCUGGCCAGGCACAGCCAUGAUGGGAGGCCUCCUGCUCGUUCUCUGCUCUUUCCUGGUUCCGGUGAUCUUGGCAGAAGCGACUGAGCAAGAGAAAGAAAAGGAUCCCUUCAACUAUGACUACCAGACCCUGCGGAUUGGUGGCCUGACCUUUGCCGUGGUCUUCUUCACGCUUGGGAUCCUGCUCAUUCUGAGCAGGCGAUGCCGGUGCAGCUUCAACACAAAGGCCAGGGCUCCCGGUGAUGAGGAGGUGCAGGCGGAGAACCUGGUGGCUUCUAACGCCGCACCAGCCGCACCGGAAAAAAUGUGCAAAGCAGAGCUGAGACUGGACCAGUCCAUUCCAAAGGCAGACCAGAUGAUGAAGGGACAUGGAGGUGUUUGUCCUCUGUGCUCCCCAUUACGAUGUGCGGGGGGGGGGGGGGGGCUGCUCUGGCUGCCCAAAUCUGAGCCAGUCAGCCUGGAAAAGGGGAGGUGGUCCGGGUGCUUCACAGCUGGAGAGAAAUUGCCCCCUCCACUAGCCCCCCUCCCUUUUCCUCCAACAGAAAGCCAGAGGAGGGCAGCCUGCUUGGAGAUGCCGGGGCCAAGAGAGAUGGGACUCUGCCUUCAAAAGGCAGGCCCGGGUUCCGAUCGCUGGGGGCACCAGCUCUGGACCACAGGCGCCGAGGGCGUUGGAGAGCUGGAAAAACCCCAGAAGAGGCGUCCUCAGUCAGGCGCGGGAGGGCGGCCUCUAUUUAUUGCCCCGCGCAGUUGCUCUCCAGUCCUUUCCGCAGCGAGGCCGGAGCGCUCCCAAGGGACGCGGGCAAAACCAGCGGGUGGCGCGAUGGGGCCGCUUCCUUCCUCCCCCACCGAUGCGGCAAAAAAUUUGCCGGAGACCGAGAGAUCCCUAUUUUCUUACGACUACGAGACCGUCCGCCACGGGGGGCUCAUCUUCGCCGUGGCGGCCUUCCUGAUCGGGCUCGCCAUCGUCUUCAGUCGGCGGUUCCGCUGCGGAGGGAAGCAGCAGCGACGACCCGGCGAAGUGAACGGACUGUGAGCCCGGCUCUGUCCAGCGCACCUUUCUGCGGGCCUCCGGCUCCUUUCCGGAGGGCGACAGGGAGUGCGGGCGGCCUAGCCGGCGGCUGGAGCCUCUUCUCUGCCGGGAGCGAGAGAUCUUCCUCCGAGGACUGAAUGGGAAGCGGCUCCGGGCGCGCAUCCGAGGAAGCGACGAGCCUAAGCCGCACUUGGCUGCCGCCGCGCCGCCUCUGGCCGUGAAAUAAAGCGCCGCCUCCCAAGUCGAGUUUUAGCUGAGAAAA